AUGGGUUUUAGUCAACAUGUGGGUCUUUCUUCUUCAUCAAUCCAAACCAGGAACAACCUCAACUCUCAUCUCCUCCCCAUAAUCUUAUCUCUUCUCAGCUUAUCAUCAUCAGUACUUCUCCCUCCAGCUGAGUCGAGUUGCAGUGAGGGGUGUGACUUGGCUCUAGCCUCAUACUACGUUGUUCCGGGCAUGAAUCUGAGCUUCAUCGCCCAGCUGUUCUCCAUUCCUGCACAGAAAAUCAUUGCCUACAACCCAACUGCAAUUUUCCCAAACGGGGAUUCCGUCCUUGCAGGAACCAGGAUCAACGUCCCAUUCCCAUGUGAUUGCCUGUCGAUUAACGGCGAAUUGGGGCGCAUGUUUCCGUACACCAUUCGGGAAGGGGACACCCUCUUUAUCAUUUCGAUGUCCUACUAUUCCAGUUUAACCACUUAUCAAUGGUUGCAGAAGUUUAACCAUCUCUCGGACAAGGAUGUUUUUUCCCUGGAUGUAGGGAUGGUGUUGAACGUGAUGGUCAACUGCUCGUGCGGGAAUAGAGAUUUGCCCCAGGGCUACGACUUGUUCAUUACGUAUCCCCUGAGGCCGGGAGAGAGCUUGCAGACGGUGGCAAAUGCGGCUAACGUGAGUGAAGAUUUGGUGCGGAGAUAUAAUCCCGGAAUGAAUUUCAGUGCCGGGAGUGGGUUACUGUAUAUUCCGGGAACAGGAACGAUCCUUUGUUUCGACUGCAGCAAGCUCGAGGAAGUGGUGGAUAUGGUUGCUAGUUGUUCUUGCUUCAGUGAUGUUCCUAAUAACAAAGCCAGUCUAUUACUAGAUGAACUAAGAGAUGUUGUGACACCUUCAAGAGUGAACAAGAACAAUAUAGACAAAAAAAUUAGUCAUGAACUGCAGGUAUUCAGUUUUAAGAGCAUUGUUAUGGCCACAAACAACUUCUCUAAUGCAAGUAUGCUCGGAAUGGGUGGGUUUGGACCAGUUUACAAGGGAACAUUACCUAAUACGCAAGAAGUGGCUAUUAAGAGACUCUCAAAAAGCUCAGGACAAGGUCUUGUGGAGUUCAAGAAUGAAAUUCUAUUGAUUGCCAGACUCCAGCAUACUAAUCUUGUUAGACUUCUGGGUUGCUGCAUUGAAGAAGAUGAGAAAAUUUUAAUUUACGAGUAUAUGCCUAAUAAAAGUUUAGAUUAUAUUUUAUUUGACCCUAAUAGGAAGGAGGUGCUAAGAUGGGGAAACAGAUUGAACAUUAUAGAAGGGGUUGCUCAGGGGUUGCUUUAUCUCCACAAAUAUUCGAGGUUGACAAUCAUUCAUAGAGACCUAAAAAGCAGUAACAUCUUACUGGAUGAAAAUAUGAACCCGAAAAUAUCUGAUUUUGGCAUGGCUAGAAUCUCCGGGAGGCAGGAAACUGAAGCAAACACCAAAAGAAUUGUUGGAACCUAUGGAUACAUGUCUCCGGAGUAUGCCCUGAGGGGAAUUGUUUCAACCAAGAUAGAUGUAUUCAGUUUCGGGGUUCUACUCCUAGAGAUUGUGAGCGGCAAGAAAAACAACAGCUCGUAUCAUUUGGAACACCCGCUAAAUCUCAUUGGUUUGGCAUGGGAGCUGUGGAGAGAAGGGAGAGGUGUAGAGCUAAUGGAUCCAGCAUUGAGUGGAUCCUGCCCAGAAGCAGAAGUAAUGAGGUGUAUUCAAGUGGGAUUGUUGUGUGUGCAAGAUGACGCAAUAUAUAGGCCUUCAAUGUCAACUGUGGUCUCCAUGCUUGCAAAUCAAAGCGCACAGCUACCUUUGCCUAAACAACCUGCAUUUUUCAUUGCAGAGGAAGGUGCCCAGCACUCAGAAACCCAAGAAAAAGAUGAAUGGUUGUCCUUGUCCACUAAUGAAAUCACAGUUUCAGAAGUUGUAGCUAGGUAA